CAGGAAGUAGCGCUGCUGAACUUGAGAGAAGUCUCUCCUGGAUAUGGAGACCAGGACGUUCCAGCUUCACCCUUCGUUGGGGCUCAGAGUGCACUGAGUCAUCUGGACUUCAGGAGCUGGUGAGCUACGGAGUUUGGUGGGAGUUUGCCAAAAGAAAGCAGUAGAAGAAGGGACCACUUCAAGCAAAAAGCGAUUAUAAAAUGGCACACGUCUUUCUGUGUGAGGAAGCACAAGCCCCAGAACGACCAGAGAAGAAGAUGGGAGGGUCCAAACCCAGAGACGAGGACGAGGACAGUGCUGAGGUGAUCUUCGUUGGAGUGGAGCAUGUCAAUGAAGAUGCUGAAACCCUCUUUGUCAGAGUGAUUUCAAAUUCAAAGCCGAUCAUUUCUAACAUUUUGAACAGAGUGACCAGGGACUCAUCCUCAACAAGAAAGAAGGGUCACGUGAGUCAAGAUACCACUUGCACAUUGCAGCCUGCAAAUUGCAGGACCCCGAUGUCAAAGCCAGCAGCCAUUUCACCGGCUUUUCAAUCUGAAUGGGGAGAUGUAGAUAGUCCUAUUAUUUUUGAGCCUUCAUCUAAACCUGAUUAUAAAAUGAGCUCUCUGCAAGUCGUGCUUCACAAUUCCUCAGAUUUGCUCUCUCCGUGGCCUCAUUGUCUACCUGGAGCUGCAUUCUCGGUAGGAGGCAAGGAUAAAAGUCCUCGUGAUUCAAAGCGAUGUCCCACUUCAGAUAUGAAUAUAUACAGUGGGAAUCCCAAAAGACUUCAAGUCAGCCAUGGAAUCCCAGGGGGACAGGCCUCAGCUAUGGCCUCUCCAGGUAUCCUUCCUACAAAGAACACGAGUAUGACCCCGGAAGUUGUCCCGACCUCAUCAAGCCAUGUUCACAGUGGGGCAUCAUUUCCAUGGGCUCAUGUGUAUAACCAGGCACGUUACCAUGUUAUGGAUCCAGAGGGAGCAUGUAGCUUGGAAAGGCUGGCAAAAACAGACUUUUCGAGUCUAGCAAGUCAAAACAAGACUGUUGAUCCCAAGAAAGGAAAUCUGAUCAUGUUACUUGAUGAUUUUUACUAUGGACGGCAUCCAGGAGACAGGCAGCCAGAAUGGAAGACCCACACAACCUUCAAAUGCCUCAGCUGCUUGAAAGUUCUAAAAAAUGUCAAGUUUAUGACCCACGUGAAGAACCAUUUGGAAUUUGAGAAGCAGAGGGAUGACGGCUGGGAAAUCCACACCACCUGCCGGCACUGCCACCGCCAGUUUCCCACCCCCUUCCAGCUGCAGUGUCACAUUGAAAGUGUCCACACUUCCCAGGAGCCCUCUUCGGUCUGUAAAAUCUGUGAAUUGUCCUUUGAAACAGAUCAGGUUCUCUUACAGCACAUGAAGGUCAAUCAUAAACCUGGCGAAAUGCCCUAUGUGUGCCAGGUUUGCAAUUACAGAUCGUCAGCCUUUGCUGAUGUGGAAGCACAUUUCAGAACAUGGCAUGAAAACACGAACAGUUUGCUUUGUCUGUUUUGCCUCAGAAUUUUCAAAGUGGUGACAUCCUACGUAAAUCAUGCUUGGAGGCACUGGAACAAGAGGGUCUUUCAAUGUUCCAAGUGCCGGCUACAGUUUUUGACUUUGAAGGAGAAAAUGGAGCACCAAACCAAGAAUCAUCAACCAUUUAAAAAGCCAGAGCAACUGGAAGGGUUGCCUCCUGAAACAGAGGUCAAGAUCCGAACUUCAGUUCAACCAGGACCAAGAGAGGCAGCAUCCAUGAUUGUGACCAACACUGAAUCCCAAGUGUCACCUGAAAAAACUACCAAGAGGAUGGCUAUGAACACGAGAUAUUCCAGACGUAUUGCAGCAGGGGUUCUGGCUAAAAAUUAUGUUCUACCCACCUGCAGAAAUCCCAAAAAGCUGAAUUGAGGCUAGGUCAGCUGUACGUAGUGGCUCAUAGAUGCCAGCAAACAGUGUCAGCGCCUGUCUGGCUUUACAGUGACUGAGAUUGUAUCUGCUUCAUCUCUCCACUGUCAAGUAACUCCGAAGUCUCCAUGCU